CACUUUUCUGUCUAUCUACCAACGCCAUCACCGCUCAAAUUUCUCUACUACCUUGAAGGAAAAUGUCAGCCAAAGCAUCGCUCAUAUUCCCGCCAAACCCGACCACAACGAGGGGUUCAUCCACAAAGCUCAGCAGCCAUAAAGAUAAAGUCGUGUACACCACCGGCAAAGUCGUCGUUGUCCGCGAUCUAAAGAACCCAGGGCUUACGUUCGCGUACAGCGGCCACCUUCAUAACGCGACUGUUGCGCGAUUCUCGCCGUCUGGUUUUUAUUGCGCUUCUGGGGAUGCGUCUGGGACAGUGCGCGUUUGGGACGUUGUCGGGGAGGACAAGGCGUUGAAGGGGGAGUAUAGGGUUUUGGCUGGUCGGAUAAACGAUCUCGCAUGGGACGGCGAAAGCAAGCGAAUCAUCGCUGUUGGCGAUGGACGUGACAAAUUCGGACACGCGUUUAUGAUGGACACUGGAUCAUCCUCUGGUGAAAUCAUCGGGCAUUCCAAGGCCGUCAAUGCAGUCUCGAUCAGACCCCAGCGACCUUUCAAAGCCAUCACAGCCAGCGACGACGCCCAAAUCAACUUCCACGCUGGUGUGCCAUUCAAGUACGAGAGGACCAUCAAGACCCACACCAAGUUCGUGCAGGACGUCAAGUUCUCCCCCUCCGGAGACCACUUCCUGAGCGUCGGAUCGGACGCGAAGAUCUUUAUUUAUGAGGGGAAGACUGGGGAUACGGUGGCUGAAUUCACUGAUUCGCCCCAUACUGGAACGAUUUUUGCGGGAAACUGGAGCCCGGAUGGUAAAUCCAUCGUGACGUCCUCUGGGGAUAGGACUGUGAAACUAUGGGACGUCGAGACCCGCAAGGUCGUCUCGAGCUGGGCGCUCGGUACAGCCAUCGAAGCCCAGCAAGUCGGCAACACCUGGAACGACGACAUCAACAUCGUCUCCUUGUCCAUGUCUGGUGCCCUCAACCAGUUCGACCCGCGCGUAGGCGAUAAGCCCGUGCACGUUUACACUGCACCCCAAAUGCCCAUCACCUCCCUCCUCUCUACCAAAUCUGACACUUUCCUCGCGGGCACAGCAGACGGCCGCGUCUACUCCUACUCGACGUCCAAACAAGAGUCGACUCCCGUAGGCGGGCCCGGCCACUCGAGCUACGUCGUCGACCUCGCCGCUUCGCCUUCUUCGAGUUCUGGCACGACGACGGCUUACUCUGUUGGGUUUGACGAUCAUGUACGUGAGAUUGAUUCGGUUGGUGAAUCUUAUGUACAAGCAGCAGUCAAAACGACCGCCCAGCCCAAAUCCAUCUCGAUCUCCUCCAACGACACCAUCUUCGUCGCGCAACCCGAGCUCAUCGAAGUAUUCCGAUCCAACCAGAAACUCUACUCUCUUGCUCCCAAGGCGUUCAAACCCACCGCCAUCGCCGCACGCCCAAGUGGUAACGGCAAUGAGAAUGAGAGUGUUUCGUUGGUGGCAGUCGGAGCGGAGGACAACAAAGUCUACCUAUUCGAAUGGGACGGGAAAGAGUUGAAGCCUAAAGAGAGUGGUGGAGUGUUUGAUAAUAACAAGGGCCCCAUCUCGGUUUUGGCGUUCUCGCCUGAUGGGAAGGUGUUGGCUGCUGGAGAUUUUCUGGAUGAUGUUUUUCAUUCGGGUACCAAAGGCAAGAUCAUGCCCUACAGCAUCGAAGAGAAAAAGCCAAUCACACCAACCUGGGUCUUCCACACCGCCCGCAUCAACACCCUCUCCUGGACCUCCAAUUCACAAUUCCUAGCCUCCGGAUCCCUAGACACAAACGUCUACAUCUGGAGCCUCGCCAAGCCUUCGAAAAAGGUUGUCAUCAAGGAAGCAAACCCGGGUGGUGUUAAUGGUGUGCAGUGGGUUAAUGGUGGGGAGGGUGGAAAGUUGGUUUCGGCGGGUGCGGAUGGGUGUGCGAGGGUGUGGGAUGUUGUGUUUCCGGAGGCUUGA